AUGGAUCACUCAUAUUCGACUGAACGGGAAAGACUGCAAAAAGUGGACCAUGCCUAUUUCUCCAUUGGUAAGAAAACUCCGAAAGUUGUACUGAGGAAAGCUCAAUCCAACAAGGAACAACGGGAUGGAGAGAGGCAGCUGGUUGACAAAGAUCAUUCCUAUCAUAGAAUCAAUCCUGUCUCUGCUUUCCAUUAUAAUAAUAAUAAACCUUCUAGUCUCCUCACUGCUGACAAGAAUAAAAAAUCUCAUUUCACACAUCAUCACAAACCUGUCACAAUAGGUAGACGACCCAAACAAAACAUAAGUUGUAAAAAGAUGUUAGCAAUUACUGGCCAGAGAAGUAGGCAUACAACGAAAGAAACAAAACAAUUGCUGAAACACAAAUCUCUAAAUUUACAACUGAAGGCACCGAAUGUUAAACUGGUUGCACACGUCUUCGCAGAUGAAGCACAUGGCACAGACAGCUUCUCCGACCAUAGUUACUUCAACUACAGAGACUCCUUUUCACUACUGAUUGAUGUAGAACCAGACAACUACACAACGGCAAACAAACCUUAUGCAUCUAACAAUCUGAUUUCUGUUAUCAACUCAUGUGAAUUAAAUGAUGAACUUCUGGAGAAAAGUAACGAUAUAUCACAGUUGAAAAUGUCUUGCUCACUGGAUCAUGCUUAUUUCAGUGGGAACUCACAACUCUUUCAAGUGUCUUUGUCAGCAAAUCAGUGUAAUUCCUGA